AUGGCGCGCGACUUUGGACAAUGCAUCAGUCUCACUGUUAAGUCGAGAGGAUACACAUUCAACAUGUACGCUAAACUGUUCGUCCUUUGCGUCGUCGCGGCGGCAGCGCUGGCACGCGAGUACCCCGCAGGCCUCCACCCGGCAGUAUGCCCCAACUACCCCUACUGCGACACCAACACCUUCGCCCGUUUCACCCCCGACGGCAUGCCCAUCCCCGAGUGGGUGUACAACCCCUCCAUCCUGCCCGUAGCCCCGGCCGACCCACACGCCAACGUCGCAGCGAAAUACCCCGCCAAUUUCAACGCGGCCGAAUGCCCCAACUACCCAUACUGCUGG